GAGCGAAUACUGUCUGUGAUUGGACCAGAGACGCUUGGCCCUUGGAAGUUCAGGAGGCUCGAUCUAAGUUAUCAAGUUGGAUGGAAAUACACAGAAGUAUCUGCUCUAAAUCUGACUGCAGGGUCUGAAGUAAAGCGACGGACCACGGAGACAGGCGAAGCCUCUAGGGGGCCAUGUCUCGUGGCAGCAGUGCUAACAACAGCUGGACAAUCCUCACUCCUGAGGAAACUGUCGCUGAAACCGUGAGGCCUUUGGCAGAGGGGACAGAGCACCAUGAAGAAAGCUCUACAUCUGCGGCAGGUUCUGGUGAGAGCCAGCCUACAGACUCUGCAAACAGACCCCCUGUGGAGGACCCCCUGGUAUCAGAAGAGAAAACAGCAGAUCUAAGUGGAGACACAAGCACAGAGCAGCAUGGCUCCUUGCCGGCCGCCGUCACUGAUGCCCCUGUUCCCACCUCUUUGGAAGUAUCCGGCAGCUUUGCCCCUGGCGGUGAUGCACUCAGCCAGUCGGAGGGCCUACCUGAGGGCCCAGCACAGUCCAGCCCUGAGCCUGAUUCAUUUUCUGACCCGUGCACCCACAUAACUCCCUCCCCUGAUGAGCCCACAGCCACAAUGCUGAGCACAGAGACUCUGCGAGGGCUGGAGUUUACGCAGGAAGGAGAGAGUCUCACACAGGAAGGAUCACUGCAUCCGCUAAAUGUGGAGGGACUGCAACAGGAUGGAGACGAGUCGGACCUGUCUCAGAGGGCGACUGAUGUAGGGAAACAAGCAGACUCCCCUGUGGAUUCAGAGGUGGGUGAGGAGAGGACUGAGAAGACAGGAGAGGAGGGAGAACCGGAGGUGAGGAGAAGGAGGUCUCUCCUAGCAGCUCUGGAGCGGAUCGGGAGGGCAGAGGAGGAAGAGGAAGGAGAGGAAGAGUUUCAGUUGCCACAGCGGGAGGAAGACAGCGGGUUCUCUGUGAACAAGUGCAUCCUGGGCGCUGUGAUUCUCUUAGGCCUUGGCACCAUCUUUUUCUCAGGUGUCUUCAUGGACCUGGAUGAGGAGAGUGACUAUGGUACACGGGAGCUGAAAGAUGCAGAAUUACCAGGAAAGCAGGACUGGCUCAGUCCAGAUGUUCCUCCGUCCCCAGUAGAUGUUGACAGUACAGAACUUCUAAAUAAGUUAGCCAAAGGAAACCAGGAGAUUUCUGUGCUACAAGCCCAACUUCAGGCACAGAAAGAAGAGCUAAAAGUAGCCAAGGGACAGGCAGCAGAGGGGGAAAAGGAGCGGCUGCGGAGGGAAGAGGUGGAGAAGGAAAACAGUAGGUUGAAGAAAGAGAUGACAUCUCUCCCUGUCCUUCAGAAAGAGAAUGAGAGGAUGAAGAGAGAGCUGGAUUCUGUCCCUGCACUACAGAAAGAACUUGAGACACUGAGAUCCACUGUGACUGACUUAAAACUCUCCUCAGCAGCCAGUGAAGCAGCUCAAGCACCUGUGAAGCCCACCACAUCGCCCUCCAGUGGCCAGCAAGAGUACAGCACGCAGGGCGCAGCUGCAUCUACAGAGAGACAGCCCAGGAAGCCACGGGAAGACAAGAGGGAGAAGAGAGAUAUGAAGAAGGAUAAAAAUGACAUGGGUGAGAUGGAGUGGAAAAAGAGAGAAAAAUCUGAAUGGAAUAAAGGAGAGAAAAGGGAGCGCAAAGAUGCAGGAAAAACAGAAUGGAAAAAGGGAAAGCACGAGCAAGGAAAGUUUGAAAAGGAGAAAGAUAAGGAAGGUAAGCAAAAGUGGCACAGUGAUGAAAUGAAAGAGCGGAAGAAAGAAAAAAAGGCUACCAGAGGUGAUGAAGGAAAGCCGUGGAAGGAUAGGGAAGGUAAGAGGGAUUGGGUAGAAAAGAGUGAGAGAAAAGAAUGGAGGGAGGAUAAAGACUGGAAAAAACCCAAGCUUGAGAAAGUGAAUGAGGGAAAGCAGUGGAAGGGUAAGGAGGAGAAGAAGGAUUGGAAAGUAGGUAAAGAGCAAGGAGAAAAGCACAAGGCCAGAGAUACAUGGAAGGGAGAGAAGGAAUGGAAGAAAGGGAAAAAUGGCCACAAGGAAAGUGGCAAAGAGAAAUGGGAGAAAAAAGAUUGGAAAGAGAAAGGAGAGAAAAGAGAGUGGAAGAAAGAUGGUGACUGGAAGAGCAAAAAUGGCAAAGAUCACAGUAAAGAAGAGAAAGGAAAGGGUGAAAGGAAACAGUGGGAAGAUACUAAAAAUCAUGGCAAGGAGAGGAAGGAGAAGCAUGAGCGAAAACAGUGGAAGGAGAAUGAAUGGAAGAGUAAAAAAAGUGACCAUGACAAGGAAUGGAAAAAGAAGGAUGAGAGGAAACAGUGGAAUGACAACGAGUGGAAGAGUAAAAAUGGUAAACACGAUGACGAAUGGAAGAGGAAGGACGAGAGGAAACAGUGGGAAAAGAAAGAGGAGCAGUGGAAGAAGGAAGGGCCGAAAGAAAAGGACAGAUCAAGCUCCCAGAAACACCAAGAUGAACACAAAUUUACCCGUAAUCACGGCCAUGAGGGAGAGCAUCUGUGGGGAGAAAGGAAGCCUGCUCAUGCUCACCGCCGACCCUCCCCGGAGCAGCCCGAGUACUGGGUCCUUCAGCGAGACCGACUCCAGCACAACCCAAAACCGCCACAGCAUUGUAACUCGUUGGAAAGCUGUGCCCAGGCUGAGGGGCUGCUCCCUGUCCUCUUCCCUGAGUUUGAGGCCGUUCUUCAAACUUACCUGACCAAGGCAGAGGAGGUGGGGGUGGAUGCUUCUGUAAGAGAAGAGCUCAAAAAGUUCAUCACUGAAUUCUUCAAGGAUGGAAUCUUCGUUCAUGACCAGAUGAGCUUCCAAGAAUUCGUCGAAGAUUUGGGAGAUGUUUUGGAAGAUAUGGUGGAAGGAGAUGACAGUGACCAAGAAGAGGAUAGUCCCCUAGAGGAAGAAAUGGAGGGGUUUGAGAGAGAAAUCAUGAAAAAGUUUUCAGUGCCAGGAGCUGGAGAGAAAGAGGAAAGAUCCAAAGGCGAGUGGAGGAAGGAGAGUGGACGAGGACACGGCUGAAGUGACAGAAGUGAUGAGCGGUCAUGACGGAUGAGGGGUUACUCAAAGGGAACAUGUUAUAUUGGACCACAAAUGCUUAAAAGUACACGUUUAUCGCCCUGUCAUGCUUUGACAGGAUCUUCUUUCAUCCUUUCCAUCAGUUGCAAAAAGUUCAACUUAAUUUAACAUUACUGUUGUGGGUUGUUUUGUAUUUUACUUGUGCAUAGGCACACAUUAGUACUUCCCGAGAGUAAACCUGUUAGACCGAGUUGGAUGUUUCCCUUCUUUGACCCUCAUCCAAGAAUACAUUCUGUAUUGUCUUAUUCACACAUUACACCUCUUCCUCUGCGAACAGCACUGUGCACUGAUGGCGUCUGCUUAUUUGCUGAUCAGGCCUGUACCUACAGCACUCCCAUCCUUAACUGCUUUAGCUUAACUCUAAAUGUCCGAUUGGUUUUAGAUCAUUAAAAAAAUGUUUUUUAUAAAGGGUGGAGUGAAUGACAACUGCUGAAAAAAAAUGUUUAGAACAUAUUUGAUGUGAAAUUAGCAAUUAGCCUGCUUUCAGUUUGUUUUCUGUGUUUGUACAUAUUGCUUUAAAUGUGCUUAAGAACUAUGCUAUAAUGCAGAAAUAUAUAAUUAACUUAUUUUGUGGAGGUUGGCAUAAUAUAAAUUAACAAACAAUUGUUUGGCACAUAAGAUAUUGACACAUGUUGAGCAUGUAUGUUUCUUUUCAGGUACAGAACUCAUGUUGUGCACUAAAAUGUCCUUAAUUCUUGUGUUAUCAUGAAUGUCAUAAUUGUUUUGAUAUUAAAUAGGCUGGUCACAAGAAAUCAUUUCCAAAAGAAGCAUGUUUUUGUUCUUAUCUGUUUACACGCCGAGUUAUGAAAUGUUGUUGAUCCAAGGGCCUACAGCCACAUGGAGACGAGUGUUUCAGAGGUUGUCAUGUGGUAGCAUGGAGAACUCGGUAUGAUUAGGAUGUUCAUAUUUGCCCCGAUUACUCUCAUUAGAACAGAAGAAUAAAUUUGCUGCAUCCUUGUGAUGGAAAAAAAAA